AUGGUUAACCCUAGUAACUACCAAAUCGAUGAGCAAGUUAUUCUUGUUGUAGAAAAUAAAAGUGAGUGUGAAACUAUAAGCUCUUAAAUUGAGUGUAGCGUUAAAAAACAGUAAACUUUUAUCUAAAAUUAUGAAUAAUAAAUUGCUGAAUAAAAUGAAAAAGUAAAACCUUUAGUCCAAAAAUCCCUCCUACAUAUUUAAAAUGAUUAAAAUAUCUAAAAAAAUAUUGAGCUUUUAAUAUUAAAUUAAUACAUUAAAAAAUUCUAAUAAAAUGGAUUCUCUUAUAAAAUAAUAACAAUUUAACAAAUUUAAGAAAAGGAUAACCACCAAAUAAAUAUUUUAGAUAGCAUCGGUACUUUCUGUGAGAGCAUUAUAAUAUAAUGA